AUGGACGAGAGGUUGAAAGACGCGGAGCUGGAGGUGGGCAACGUAAAGCUAGACCUGGAGGACAUGGUCACCCAAGGAAACGCGAAGAGCACGAUGGAGGAAGCAAUGGAGAGCACGAUGAAGGAGGAGGGGAUGAAGGACACCAUGAAGAACAUAAUGCAAAAGAUAAUUGAGGAGGUGCUGGCCUUCGGCUUCUCCGACCGGAAGGAGUCCAGCGCUAUCGAAACCGAGUUGGAGAUUCUCUCGAGGCUGCUCCCGGGCGGCUGCGCGGCCACAGUGGGUGCGUUCACCAACCCGGCAAAGAUGGGAGUCCUAACUGUCCAAUCCGCCCACGAGAAGAUCAAGUUUUACAAGGCUGUCCGCCUGAACGCAGACCCCAGCAUCAUAGGGGGCCUCUUCUUCAGGAACAAUUUGACAAAGGACGAGAGAGCAGUUGAUAAGAAACUGGGAUACACCAAGCAUCAUAUAUUGAACGAGGGAAAGGCGAAGGAUGGUGAAGUGGAGAUUUUAUGGAGGAAGAAGCUCGUUACAGCAAAAGGUAAGAAAGUUGCUUGGUUCGAUGAGGAUGGCAAUUGGCACGUCUGGACUCUGGCAAAAGCCGCGAAGAACUUGAUCGAUGAGUCGAUGAAGGAUUGGUGGGCUAAGCAGGACCCCGAUCCAGCCACGGUGGUCGAUUCGUAUGGAAACGUCAAGGAGUCGAAAGAGGACGUGGCUAAAAUUUUCGCGUCUUUCUACGAGGCGCUCUACACAGGGGCGGCGGAUCAGCUGCAUCUUGGCGAGACACCAGGCGAGACUGCACCAGAUUUCACGAUGCCUGAGCUGACGGCUGCCAUCCGGUCCAUGAAAAACCGCAAGUGCAGGGACUCGCCCGGCAUCGUUGCGGAGAUGUUGAAGAACAGCAGCCAGAGUCUGCGGGAAAGCAUCGUGGAUGCUUCUUGGGGCGUCUCCCGGGCCUUUGCGGCGCUCCUGGAGGCGCGCGUGCGUCGACUCGAGCGCGCGAACGCGGAUCCAUUGUUUUUGGUGAGGGAUCCCGACUUCGGGCGCGCGGGCGCGCCAUUUCUCGCGUUCCUGGCAGCCCCGGAGACGACGCGGGCAGGCGUGAUCAGGCUGCGUAGCAAGGCGACAGCAAGGCGACAGCAAGGCUGCAUAGCUCUUCAUUCGCGAGGCGGCAUCAAGGCGACAGCAAAGCGACAGCAGGGACAGCUCAGUUGCAUCUCGGAGGUCAACCUUGAGCCGAAAUGGUACAAAGUGCGGCAGGUUGGUUUAGGCAGGCCAGUGGCCCGUGAUAAGCACAAGUACGUGGCGCUCAUUGGCACGUCGCAGUGCUCGCAGUCAUUGUGCGCACGGGCAUACCGUGGAUGCAGCAAGCCCGUACUGAAGAGGUUGAGGAAGGACCCGGCCUUCAAGAAGGUGCUGGCAAAGACAGUGUAUGAGGCCCCCGUGAUGGACGAGGCUGGACGAAAGGCGCUCGCGGAGAAGAUGGCCAGUGCAAUCGAGAAGGCCGAGCUGUACGUCGCCAACAAGGCGGCUGCGAAGGCUGCAGCGGCGGCCCGGGAGCUGGAAGAGAUGCAGGGGACCAGGUCGGCCCUGGUCGCCGAGCAGGACGGGGCGCCCGUGAAAGAGAGCGGGGCCGCUCUGGCGGCCGACGGCGCCGUCCAGCAGUCGCAGCUCCAGGCUGCCCGCGCCCAGCUGGAGGAGGCGCAGCGCGCCAAGGCCGCGGCCGCCGCCCCCCUGGCGGGCCGCGUCCUCGUCAUCCUCGCCCUCAUGCCUUUAGUGGAUACCUUGUGCGUCGGUGGCUGCAGGGGCCAGGACGGCAUUUGGCGUACCUUGUCCACAGCAGGAUCCGCUAUCAUGCCGGAUCUCGUGUCAAUCGUUAAGACCCCGAAGGAGGCUUUUAUGGGCAUGGUGGACAAGGGCGUUGGGAUGGGCGGCGAUUCGUCCAUCAAGAUCUUCCACCAGUCGUUCUACGCGGGCUGCUACAUUGGUUUCGGUGGCAUGCUGUCGAUGGUGGUGGCUGGCGGGCUGGACAGCGCUGCCCAGGACAACCCGACCAUUCAGGGGGUGCUGAUCACAGGCACCGCGGCGACCGUGCCUGCCGCGGUGUUUGAGGGCAAGCUGCACAGGAUGCAGAUCCUGAGGACGUUCGCGCCGGCUUGGGUGGGCAAUCUGCUUGGCGCCCUGCUCUUCGUUGGCUUCGUCACAGCCUGCAACCUGAACGUUGGCCUGACUGCAUCGCUUGCCCGCAAGGUUGCGGAGAAGAAGAUCAAGGAGAAUUUCUUGGUCACCUUCCUUAAGGGAAUCGGGUGCAACUGGCUGGUGUGCAUGGCGGUGUUCCUGCAGGGCCAGGCGCAGGACAUGGUUGGCAAGAUGGUGGGCAUCUGGUUCCCCAUCUCUUGCUUCGUGGCCAUCGGCUUUGAGCAUAUCCCAGCCAACAUGUUCAUGAUCCCCAUGGGGAUGAUGGCUGGCGCAGACGUGUCGAUGCUGGACUGCUUGUGGAGGAAUUUCAUCCCGGUUACCCUCGGCAACAUCUUCGCAGGUUCCAUCUUCGUGGGCGGUGGUUAUUCUUUCGCCUUCGGCCGGCUGGGUAGCUCGCCGAUGUUCAACAUGCCCGCGAAGGAGCAGGGCUCGCCUAAGGAUCAGAAGCCCACCAGCGGUGCGCCCGUGAUUACACCUGAGGCGUCCCUUGCGACUGCCUCCGAGACGCUGCAGUCGCAGCUAGGCCUCGCGCAGGCGGAGCUGGAGGAGGCGCGCAGGGCCAACGGCGCGCUGAGCUCCAGCGAGGCCGCCCUCCGGGGCCAGCUGGGCGCGCUGCGGGCGGAGCUGGGCGAGGAGCGCAGCGGGGCGUCGGCGCUCUCGGAGCAGCUGAGGGCGCUGCGGUGCGAGCUGGAGGAGGCCCGCCGCUCCGGCGCCUCGCUGGCGGCCGGCGAGGCGGCCCUGAGGGCGCAGCUGGGCGGCGCACGCGCGGAGCUGGACGUGGAGCGGCGGGCCAUGCAGCAGGUGCGCGAGCAGCUCGGCGCGCUGCAGGCGCAGCUGUCUGCGGCCCAGGCCGAGGUCGGCGAGGCCCGCUCCUUUGCCGGCACGGAGUCGGACGCCCGCGCCUCGCUGGCCGACAGCGUCCGCGAGCUGCGCGCGCGCCUCGGCGACGCGCUGCGCGAGGCGGAGGUCGCGCGGGCCGAGCUGUCGAAGGAGCGGGGCGACCGCAGGGCGGAGACCGCGAACCUGCAGCGGCAGGUUGAGAAGAGCUCCGAGGAGGCGAGGGUCGCGUGCCAGGAGCGGCGGAUGCUCGAGGUGGAUUUCAACAGCUACAAGGACCACCACGGCACCAGCAACCUGCAGCAGCUUGAGGCCAUCUCCGACCUGAAGAUCACCGUGGAGAAGCUGUCCCAGCAGUACGACCAGACGCAGAGCGACCUCGCAGUGCAGCAGAGCAACAUGGUCGCCAAGCAGUCGCUUAUCUCAGACUUGGAGCGGCAGGUCGCGGAGGCGGAGGCAAGCAGGCGCGAGCUGCACAACGCCAUGCAGGAGCUCCGGGGCAACAUCCGGGUGAUGUGCCGAGUGCGGCCCGCCGCGGAGGGGGACCAGACCGCGGUGCAGACGCAGGACGUCGGCCGGCUGUCCCUUCAGUGCGGGCCGGAGCCCUACAGCUUCUCGUUCGACAAGGUGUUCGGCGCUGCCAGCCGGCAGGAAGAAAUCUUCGAGGAGGUCGAGGGCCUCGUCCAAUCCGCCCUCGACGGCUACAAAGUGUGCCUCUUCGCCUACGGCCAGACCGGCUCGGGCAAGACAUUCACUAUGCAGGGCCCGCCAGAGCCGCGCUUGUGGGGCAUCAUCCCACGGUCCGUUCGUGAGGUGUUCGAGGCCUCGCGGCGGAUGGGCGCCCAGGGCUGGGCGUGGUCCCUGGAGGCCUCCUUCCUGGAGGUCUACAACGAGUGCCUCCGGGACCUCCUGAGGGACUCCGCCGACGGGCAGUCGACGCCGCUCGCCGUGCAGCACAACGACUCGUGGGGCACGGUCGUGGCCAAUGCGAGCCGGGUGCCAGUGGAUUCGAUGGACCAGAUCGCUAGGCUGAUGGCGAGGGCUGCGAAGCAGCGCGCGGUGGGCGCCACCGACAUGAAUUCUGAGUCCUCUCGGUCGCACUCCAUCUUCGCCUUGUACCUUCGUGGCACCAACGAGAAGCUGGGCCAGCAGUUGCACGGCGCCCUGCACCUCGUCGACCUCGCCGGGUCGGAGCGGCUCGACAAGUCCGGCGCGGAGGGGGACCGACUCAGGGAGACGAAGAAUAUCAACCGGAGCCUGUCAUGUUUGGCAGACGUAUUCGCCGCCAAGGCCGAGGGGCGCAGCCACGUGCCGUUCCGCAACUCCAAGCUGACAUACCUGAUGGAGCCUUGCCUCAGCGGUCAGGGCAAGACGCUCAUGCUGGUGAACGUGGGGCCAGAGGCGGACAACGCCCACGAGACGCUGUGCUCGCUGCGCUUCGCCCAGCGGGUGAGCCAGUGCACCACAGGGGGCAAGCCCAAGCGGAACGCCGGGGCGUUGCCGGCGGCGUCCGGCCACGAGGCUGGCCCGGCAGGCCCGCCGCAGCGGGCCCCGCUCACCGCACGCUCCCAGGGCGCCUCCUCGACGGCCGCGCCACGGGCGUCGCAGAGGAGCCUGGCGAGCGCGCGCUGA